GGGACUCCAGCUAAUCAUUUCAACCAAUGACACCUGUAUGUUUCAAAGCAAAAAGCCGGGAGGCAACGGAACUGCUGUCUUCUGUAUUGAUACAAUCUCCAGUCUAUCAACUUCAAUCUACUAGAUAAAGCGCACUGUGCUCAUUGGGCAACUUUUCACACACAAAAGAAUAUCACAACAACCGGAACAGGUGUAAGCGUCAACUUCUCGUCAGUUUAAAGCAACUUUGAGAAAAACACUUACUCUGGAUCAUGCGUUGGUUCUUACGUCGACGAAUGUCCCCUCUGAAGCUGGUGCUCCUUGCGGGGACUCUCUUCAUGGUGGCCCUCGUUGUUCUCCAGAGGGAUGUCGGCCCUUCACCUACUGGCGACCCCUGGUUUCAGGAGCUUGUUGUCAAGAGGGACAAGGUGAUGGUCAUGGUGCGAGAUGCUGUUAACAACAUGGGGUUCCAGAUCGGAGCUCCUGAGCCUCAACCAGUGGAGUCCCAGCCCACCGAGGACGUCAACUGCCCUGCUGGAUUCUUCACCCAGUCUGAGCUUCUACCUCACCUGGAGAGACCACCCCAGGACCCCAACGCCCCUGGGGCUGAUGGGAAGGGAUUUCAUAAAACCCAUAUGUCUCCAGAGGAGGAGAAGGAAAAAGCCGAGGGAAUGACACGGCACUGUUUCAACCAGUUUGCCAGCGACCGCAUAUCGCUCAGCCGCAGUCUUGGGGAUGACACAAGGCCUCCAGAGUGUGUAAACAGAAGGUUUCCUCGCUGUCCUCCACUGCCGACCACCAGUGUUAUUAUUGUCUUCCACAAUGAGGCUUGGUCCACCCUCCUCAGGACUGUAUACAGUGUCCUGCACACAUCCCCUGCUUUCCUUCUCAAAGAGAUCAUCAUGGUCGAUGAUGCCAGUGUUGCAGACCACCUCAAGGCCCCGUUGGAGGAAUAUGUGCGUCAGCUGAAGAUUGUGAAGGUAGUGAGGCAGCCCCAGAGGAAGGGUCUCAUCACUGCCAGAUUGCUGGGUGCCAGUAUUGCUCAGGGCGAGGUGCUAACCUUUCUGGAUGCACACUGUGAGUGUUUCCACGGUUGGCUUGAACCUCUGUUAGUCCGCAUUGUUGAGGAGCCCACUGCUGUGGUUAGUCCUGAAAUUACCUCCAUUGACCUCAACACCUUUAACUUCCACAAGCCUGUCGCCACUAGCCGCGCUUACAACCGCGGCAACUUUGACUGGAGCCUCACCUUCGGCUGGGAGCAAAUCCCUGAAGAUGCAGGGAAGCUGCGCAAGGAUGAAACUUACCCCGUAAAAACACCUACUUUUGCUGGAGGUCUCUUCUCGAUCUCAAAGAAGUACUUUGAGCACAUUGGAACUUAUGAUGACAAGAUGGAGAUCUGGGGUGGUGAAAAUCUGGAGAUGUCUUUCAGGGUGUGGCAGUGUGGGGGUCAGCUCGAGAUCCUCCCAUGUUCUGUGGUCGGACAUGUUUUCCGCACCAAGAGCCCCCAUACCUUCCCCAAUGGCGUAGAGGUCAUCACUCGCAACCUGGUUCGCCUGGCUGAGGUCUGGAUGGAUGACUACAAGAAAAUUUAUUAUCGCCGCCAAAAGAAUGCUGAAACCAUGGCCCAAAUGCAUAAGUAUGGAGACAUCUCUGAUCGUCUGAAUCUGAGGGAGAGGCUUAAGUGCAAGAACUUCACCUGGUACUUGCAGAAUGUCUACCCAGAAGCCUACUUACCAGAUUUAAACCCAGUGCAACAUGGAGCACUGAGAAACUUAGGAUCUAAUACAUGUCUGGAUGUAGGAGGCGACAAUCAGGGAGGUAAACCUGUGAUCAUGUAUCAGUGUCACAACAUGGGAGGCAACCAGUAUUUUGAGUACUCGUCUCAUAAGGAGCUACGUCAUAAUAUUGGCAAGCAGUUGUGUCUUCAUGCAUCACCCUAUCCUGAGCAGGUGAAGAUCGAGCUCUGCAAACGGAAAGGGAAGGGCACCAGUUUGUCACCACAACAGGAGUUCAUGUUUACAGAGGAAAAUCUUCUUAAGAAUCCCAGUAGUGGAAAAUGUUUACAACUUAAAGGAGGCCAGAUCCAAAUGGACAACUGUGACGCGGCUAACCUCUACCAGCACUGGAGCUUAAGAUGACCUCUAAUCAGGUGACCUGUGGCACCUAAUGCACCUUCCUCAGACUCUGCUCUGCAGGGCUGGCUCAGCAUUGAUCCAGGCGGCGUCAUACUGUGGAGCUCGGGUUGAUGGUCUAUGCUGAGUGGACAGAUGAAGACGAAGGACAGAGAGAAGACAGUCACAUCUUUCGAAGACGCUUGGGUUGGCCUUAAAUUGUUUUACAUUUUUUCAUGAAGUAAACUGGGGAGAAGAUAUUUAAUGGUGUUUUGGGGACUAACAGGCGGCUUGUUGAUUUAACACCCAGGAGGGACAGCUUGAUGGUGGAUCACUUUCUGCUUGCAAUGAUCUUAAUUCAGGGAAUUGACACUCCAGCUUAAAUAAAAUGCUUUUAAGUGACUGUUUUUGUCUGACAUGCUGAAAUGUGACAUGAUGCGAAGUAGUUAUUUUAAUAAUACUUUGUGGAAGACAUGAUAAUUUAUAAAAUUGAAGUAAUUUCUUAGCACAGUAUGUUUUAAGAAGGAAUCAGAAUUGACUGGGUUUUGUAUUAAACACUGAUACAUAUCAGUUUGCACCAUGUGCUUAGAUUGUUUGUCCUGAUUAAAUCAUACUAGUCUA